AUGGGACAUUCGAAAGUCGCUUCUUUGAAAACUGUCCCAUUGGUGUUCCCAGAACUUUGUGCAGAACUCUUUGAUGGAAAUAGUGCCUUUGGUAAUCUCAAAUAUGCCACAUCCCAAACACCAUCGGGACAUGGAUCAUUUUCCUGCCAUGUCGCACCACUACAACUUAUGGACACCCCUUCUAUUAACAUAAAUGAGGAUGAUUACUUUUCCAAUCAUACUAGUGAGCCUUUUACUCAACCAUCACCUUCUUCUCCUUCACCUUCUGCUACUUCACCUUCUGGUAACCCCAACAAAAGGCCUAAACCCUCAACUCCUCGACCUCGAGCUCCUAGUAUCUCACCUGAUCCACCUUUUAGUACCUCAUCUAAAGCUUCUAUUCCUGCUCACGAUUUAGCACUACAUAUGCGAAAAGAUCUACGACAUUUGACUCAACGACCUACAAUUGCUCAAUGUUUAGAGAAGUUAUAG